UGAACCGGAAACCGGAAUUAAGUCAUUCGGGGGAAAUUCAAACUUUUGUAGUUGACUAACUUCUCAGUUACGGACAGCUAACUCAUUCCGGUGUUUAUAAAAAAUACCUGAAAAGCACUGAUUUUCGCUGGAGAACAUAUUUAGCUACAAGAAACAGUCCCAUUGCUAAAUUGGGGGUUGCAGGAUCCGGAAAGAUGCCUGUGGACAAUGCUGCAGAACUUCUCAAGUAUUAUGAAGUGUACGAGACAAUAGGCUCCGGUGGAUUUGCCAAGGUGAAACUGGGGCGACACAUCCUGACGGGGGAAAAGGUUGCUAUAAAAAUAAUGGAUAAAAAAGACCUUGGGAAUGACUUACCCCGAGUUAAGAUCGAGAUCGAGGCCAUGAAGAACUUGAGCCACCAGCACGUGUGCCGGCUCUAUCACGUCAUCGAGACCUCCACCAAGAUCUUCAUGGUGCUGGAGCACUGUCCCGGUGGAGAGCUGUUUGACUACAUCAUCGCCAAGGCUCGUCUGUCGGAGGAGGAAACGCGGGUGUUUUUCCGGCAGAUAGUGUCCGCGCUGGCCUACGUGCACAGCCAGGGCUACGCCCACAGGGAUCUGAAGCCGGAAAAUCUGCUGAUCGAUGAGAAUCACAACCUGAAGCUGAUUGACUUCGGUCUGUGUGCCAAACCCAAGGGCGGUCUGGGCUACGAGCUGAAGACCUGCUGUGGAAGCCCCGCCUACGCAGCUCCUGAGCUCAUCCAGGGCAGGGCCUACAUCGGCUCCGAGGCUGAUGUCUGGAGCAUGGGGGUUCUGCUCUACGCCCUGCUGUGUGGCUUCCUGCCCUUCGACGACGACAACUGCAUGGUCCUGUACCGGAAAAUCACCAGAGGCCACUAUGACCACCCCCACUGGCUGUCCCCUGGCAGUAUCCUGCUCCUCAAUCAGAUGAUGCAGGUGGAGCCAAAGCUGCGUGUGACGGUGCGGCAGCUGCUGGAUCACCCCUGGGUAAUGGAGGGGUACAGCAGCCCGGUGGAGUGGCGCAGCAAACAGCCCCUGGGGCACGUCGAUGAAGACUGCAUCACUGAGAUGGCCGUCCACCUGAAGCGCUCGAGGAAGAACACCGUCCAGCUCGUCUCGCAGUGGAAGUACGAUCAGACGACGGCCACUUACCUUCUGCUCCUGGCCAAGAAACAGCGGGGCAAACCAGUGCGUCUCCGGCCCGAGCCACCUGCGCAGGACCUCACCUGUUCCCCCCUGCAGGAGCCCAGGUACAAGACGACCCUGCACUUCUGUGAGGAUGAGGACGAGGACGAAGAUGCAGAGCCCCCGGUGAUCCUGGGCCCCCUGGAGGGCUCCUCGGGCGGCCCCUGGGUCCGACGCUCGCCCCGAACGCAGGAGGAGAACCCAAGGCGGGCCUGCACGCCGGGGAGGAAGAGGGCGGAGCCAGCCAGCGCGUAUGCCAUCGACCGCGAGCGCAUCCACCCCCGCAAGCAGGCCCAUGUGGAGAACAAGGAGAACGUGGGCGGAGCCACGCCCGAGCCGCGGGGGGGGGACACGUUCGCCCUCCCCGCCCCCCGCACUCCGGUCAGCAGCAGGAGGAACGGGCGCCCCCCCAAGACCACCCUCACCACCCCCAACAACAACAGCCAGCGUCACAGCCACAACGACAGCAGCAGCAACAACAACAGCGGCCACGUCGCCGACACGCGCAGGGCGGCCGGUAGCAGUUCUGAGCAGCCCCCAGAGAAGCAGUGCAUUGAGCAGCCAGUGGAGGGCGAGCUGGAGGUGCUGCCUUUCAGCCCCGAUAGGAGGUCGCGGUCCCUGGACAUAGCCACGCCCCAGAGCGACAGUGCCCAGAAGCGGAAGGCGGGGAAGGUUUUCGGGAGUCUGGAGAGGGGGCUGGACAAGGUGAUCACCAUGCUGACGCCCAGCAAGAAGAAAGCCCUCCGGGACGGCCCCCGCAGGAUCAAGGCUCAGUAUAACGUGACUUUAACCAGCCAGACCAAUGCAGAGCAGGUGCUCAACCAGAUCCUCAGCAUCCUGCCCGAGAAGAACGUGGACUUCGUACAGAAAGGGUACACGCUGAAGUGCCGGACGCGGUCGGAUUUCGGGAAGGUGACCCUGCAGUUUGAGCUGGAGGUGUGUGUGCUCUGCCGCCCCCCAGUGGUGGGGGUCCGCAGGCAGAGGCUGAAGGGGGACGCCUGGGUGUACAAGCACCUGGUGGAGGACAUCCUGUCCACGUCCCGAGUGUGAGCGUGGCCGGGGAGACAGCAUGCGGUCUGGCCCUGGCGCGGCCCCGCCCGUCUGUAUUUCACUACCCCCCUACCCCCCCAAAACCCUGUGUCUUAAUUUGUCUGUCUUGGUUGUUGUGUACUGUCCUGUUUUCUUC